AUGGAUGAUUUUAGAUUCAAUAGUGCGCUUAUGAAGCUAAAACAUCUCAGACUUCAUUUUCUAAAUGAAGAUAAAGAAGAAGUAGAUCAUUGUAUUAAAACUAAUAGAAAUGACAAUUUCAAUUCCAGUGGGCGGGCAAAUUGUGUUUGGAAAUUCGUUUGGUUAGGAAAAAUAGCAAUAAGAUCAAAGAAAAAUAUGGGAAUUUGGUGGGGUAAAGUUGAUAUAAGAGAUGAACUGAAUAAAAAUAAGAGAGCAGUUUCGAAGGCGAUUCGUGAGGUAGAUAGGGAGAUUCAAAAACUUGAACAGGAAGAGGCGAAAUUAAUGAGAGAAAUUCGAGUUGCCGUAGAAAAAGGUUAUACAGAGUCAGCAAAAAUUUUCAGCAGGGAUAUUCUGAAGGUGAGAAGACAAAUGGAGAAGUUGAAUUUAGCAAGGAGUCAGCUUAUGGGUGCUGAGCUAAGGCUUACUUCUGUAAAGAGCCAACUACAGGUUAACAGUGCGAUUUCUGAUCUGAACUCAAUCAUGGGAAAAGUUAACGAAUCCACUGAAAUUUCUAGAAUACAAGGGAUUCUGAGGAACUUUGCAAGAGAAUCCGACAAAUUGGAUGUAAAAGGGGACAUAAUUAAUGAUUCAAUAGAUGAAGCACUGGGGAGCGAAUGCCAGCCUGAGGAGGAGGAAGCUCUUGUGAACAAAAUAUACAUGGAAGUGUGCGAAUCUGUCAAGCAGGGGAAAGAGAAAGAAUCAGUUAGAGGUAAAGGCCCGGAUAUUGGGAAGCUACUAUCUAGCAAUACUUCAAGCAAAAAUAACAUUGAAGAUGGGGACUCAGGAAUUUCAAUAGAAGAAAGAAUUAGGAAACUCGGUGAAAAUAGAUAG